AAAUUAAUCGCUAAUAUUAUUAAUCGACAUGUUGAUUCUAAACCAGAGGGUCCAAUAAGUGCAACUGUAAGCAUGGGUCAAAAAUCCCGCAAGCCGUGGCGAAAGAAUCUGUACGAAAAUUCCGACUACGAAGACAACUAUACCGAUCCCAGUUUCCUGCAGGAGCUGAAGACGAACCAGAAUCUGCAGACAUACACAAUCUACGAAGUAUUCCUGGGAGCAUCCCGCCUGAGCCAACAGAUCUCCAUCGUCACUACAUUCCUCAUCAUAUUCCACUACCUGUACACGGAUGGCGUCAGUCCCCAGAAUAUCCUGCUGAAGGCUCUCGGCGGCACCCUUCUGGGCUAUAUAAUUUACACGGGAAGAAAUCUUCGGCUGAGCCAUGUCAUUGAAGAUUCCAAGACUGCCGUUGCAGUACUCGUAUUUGGCUACAUAUUUUCCCCGCUGCUGCACACCCUGUCGGACAGUGUCAGUACCGAUACCAUCUUUUCGAUGACCUUCUUCGUGUUGGUGCUGCAUCUCAUUUUCUUCGACUACGGAGUAUCGGCUGCGAUCGUGUCGAAAGCCAUCUCGCUAAAUGCGGCCAUUUUCGGUGCCAUCUGCUUGGCUUCCCGCUUGUCGUCGUCGUUCCAUGCCUUUGUGCUGCUGGAAGUUGCGGCAGUUUACUUUGCACUGGGACCGAUUCUGCUGGCGAAGAUCUUCAGCUUACCGCUGCUGGUGGGAACGAUUGCCAUUUGCUUCUACUUUCUGUUCAGCGUUUCGAUGACCAUCUUCUGGACCUACAGCUGCGUGCUGGUGUUCAUCAAUCUGUUUUGUCCGUGGUUGUUCAUGCGAUUGCAGCGACACAAAAACAAUAUCCACGGCCCAUGGGACGAAGCCAUCGUAGGGGAUUUCAAGGAGGAUAGUAGCGUUAGUAGUAUUUAAUGAUUGGCAUUUUUGAGAAGAUUUACUCUAGUCACUAGUUUGUUAAAUGAAAGAAGGGAAUUUCGG